CGACUCAGAAGCCAAUGCCCAGUCCCCACGCACUCCAGUACUCCACCUCCGCCGUCCCUGGCGACCGCCGAGGUCGAAGCCUCCGAACGCCACCGUCGCGCCACCCUCCGCCGUCUCCCCACGCGGCGGUCGUCUUCCCCAUUCGUAUCAUCGAUCCUCAUAUCCCGGCUCCGCUCGAAGGCAAUUUUACAGGUCUACCAUUAGGAGGACUGGAGGAAUGAGCUACUUCCAGGCUACAACAUACAAGCCUCAUAAUGGAAUUGUUGUGGACAAGUUAGCAGUACGUCUUGGGAGUACUUGCAAAUUACUUCAUCAACGUGCCAUAUGUUCGCAUUUCUCUAGAUCCAGCAAGCUUCGAGAGCAUGUAUACCCAAGGCUUCUUGUUGCUGCUUGCCAUCAAGGGAUUGAUCCUUUAUAUGCCUCAAGUGGGAAGGAAAACUCUGAGCGUGUCAAUGAUCCAUUCUCAAUGGAAUCUUUGAACAAAGCUAUAGCCGGAGCUAAAAAACCAUGGUCCAUACAAGACAUGCUGAUGGCUCAAAUUUCCAAGAUUAAAGGGUCUGGCUCUGGUGGAAAUGGUGGUAAUAAAAACCGUUAUGGAGGCAGUGGUGAUGGUUCAGAGGACGAAUCUUUGACGGAGUCAUUAUAUGAAAUGUUCCAAGUUUUGUUGGCAACUAUUGCUUUUAUACUUAUGUACAUCCAUAUAAUAAGAGGAGAGGAGUUAUACCGCCUUGGCAGGGACUACACUAGAUACUUGGUUACUGGUAAGAGAACUUCCCGACUGAAACGUGCCAUGCUAAACUGGCACAAUUUCUCCGAGGGCAUCACCAAGAAGGAUAGCACACAAGAGGAGACAUUUGAAGGAUCAAUUACUUCUGAACCCAUGUGGUGGCAACAGCCCCUCAAGUUUGUUCAUCGUAUAGAGGAACUUUGCAGGGGCUAUUUGCGCCCUCAUGUGCAGGAAUCGUAGUUCUGAUGUUCGAGGAUCCCUUCUGACUUGUCAAUAUUCCAAUGUAAGCUGUAACCGUGCAUAGGUUUGCUAAGGGCGCUGGUUGCAUCGAUGGUGCAGCGAAGAGCGUGGAGGCAACUAGGACUGUUGUUUACUGCAUUUAGCUCUUCUUGCGUAGUACAGAUGAAUACCAAGUUAUAUGCUCUGUAUUAUUCACUGUAGAACAGAAAGGAAGGUGAGAGUCCAUCUCCCCAAUUUUGUAAUAUUUGGGACCUCGCUGCUGUGAUGUGAUCCUCUGCCGGUUAGUUUGGUGCCAGUGACAACUUGAAUGCUGCAUCUGGUGCAUCAUAACUGCAAAGAGUACCAGCUAUGCCGAAUCAAUGCAGCUAAAUUUGUAGUGCCUGUAGGCUAUAGACGUGUGAUCCCUGUUAAAUAUAUGUGCUUUGUCCAA